UCCACCUCAUCAGUAACCAAAAUGUUCCUGAAGAAGACAUCCCAACCGGAACCGCUUCAAGUGGGUCUAAAAUUGUUGAAAUGGAUCGGUUUGCACAGCACCACCAGUCGGAAACGCAUUUGGCGCUACUACUUCGUCGUCGGUUGGCUGUUGGGAAAUAUUGUUCUCCCGAGAGCUCUGCUCGGCUCGGGCAACGAAGGAUUCGAUUCCUUGGUUCGGAGCCUUGCCGAGAUGGACUUUUUCAGCGAUGUGUGUAUUGCGGUUGGAAUUUUUGCGACUCGUCUGCGAAACUUCGAACGGAUGGUUCAGAUUUUGGGCGGGAUCUUUGAACGAUACGAAACGAAGCAGUGUGUGGAAGAGAUUCGGGGGUUCAAUCGUCGAAUGGAUAGUUUCGCGAAAGUUUACAUCGCAUAUAUUGUUAUGUUGGUGAUUUUGUUCAACAUUCCACCGAUAAUCUGGAACUUGUACAUGGCAAUUUUUGUGUCGGCGGAACACAGAAGCAGUUACGUUUUGUUGGUGGAAGUGCAGUAUUUCUACUUGGAUAUCCGACGCAAUAUCGUCCACUACUUGAUCUACUACGUACUCUGUAGUACAGCGACAGUGUGUUCAGCUUACCAGAGUUGCAUCAAGGGGACGAUUUUCCUGACGGCACUUCAGUAUGGAGCUAAGCUGUUCGAACUACUGCAUUUGAGAAUUGAUCGUCUUGGUAAGGUGAAGGCCGGCGAAAGGCGUCGUGACGAGCUGCGGCGGAUCAUUGAGCUGCACAAGAUGACUCUGAAGUAUACGGAGCUGUUAGAGGAAACGAUCACUUUCAUAAUGAUCAAUCAGAUUCUGAACUGUAUGGCCAUUUGGUGCAUGUUCACGGUGUAUCUAUCAACGAACUACGGACCGAAUGCCCUCAAUGUGGUGGUCUUGUUUGUCGUCUUUAUUGUUGAAAUGGUGGUAUACUGCGUCAGCGGAACCCGUCUGAGUGAAAACGCCCUCAAGGUAAGCAGUGCCAUCUAUCACCACCAGUGGUAUCUGGAACCAGCUGACAUGCAACGCGAUCUCCGCUUCAUAAUACAACGAGCCCAAAAGCCUUGCGGGAUUACUGCGGCCAAGUUUUACUUUGUGAACAUCGAGCGGCUGGGAAUAGUGGUCCAGGCAUCGUACUCGUACUAUUUGCUUCUGACAAAUCGAUUCUAAGAAUAGAUACGUAUAAGAAUAACUUAUUUUCGGCAGUUUUGUUCUCUUCGUCAUGGGGGG